UCCCUUACUCCCCAAAUCAUGGCACAGAUGAUGUUGUCUGCCCUGCGUGUCCCACCUCCUGCACGCUGCAGGAUCUGCCAGACGCCACAGAUCCUGUUGUAUCGGUGGCGUCUUAUUGGCCUCCACUAAUACGAUUCGCCGUCGACACGCCAAGAAGAAGAAGAAAUUUAGCUUCGUCUCCAGUCUUCAGUCUCCAGUGGCUUGCUGACAUAGUGUCUCGUGACUUUUGGGUGAAGCUCGUGUUUAGGACUCACGACGAGGACUGUACAAUGACGGAAGACCAGGGCGCGUCGAGUGCGGACGUUGAACAGCCGAACCUGGAUCUUCCAGCUCCUCCGCUGGACCCUCCCGUGAGGAAUGGUGUCCCGAAGAUCCUGCAGCGAAUCGAGACAGUCCCGGACAUCAAGCGGGACACAUCUGGAAUCACCACGCAGUAUAUCGCUACUGGGAUAGUUAACCUUGGCGCCUUUGCAGCAGGAGCUUGCAUAGCGUGGUCCUCAUCGGCCCUUCCCCACCUGAUUAGUACUGAGGGUCCAGUGGAAACAGUGUUAUCAGAUGGCUUCGAUUCUCGCCCGCGACUUGUGUUAAGCCACUCGGCCGCAUCGUGGACGGCAUCACUGCUGUGUCUUGGAGCGGUGUUUGGAGCUGUCCCCACUGGGCUGAUAUCAGAGCACUUUGGCAGAAAAAAGACGCUGCUUUACCUCGCCUUGCCGCUGGUGGUGUCGUGGAUUAUGGUGGCUUCGAGUCCGAACGUGUACGGCCUUUACGUGGGAAGGUUCGUGGGCGGAGUGGCAGUAGGAGCCUUCAGCGUUGGCAUCCCUCCAUACGUGGAAGACAUAGCUGAGAACGAGUUGCUGCCAACCCUGGCCAACUUCUACCACGUCCAUCUCGCUUGUGGAGUGCUGUUCGGCUAUAUUGUUGAUCUGUUUGUUACAGGUAUGAUUCCCAGCGCCACCUGGCUUUCUGUUAUCUGUACUACUAUACCUAUAGCUUUCUUCGUUGCGUUCAUAUUCUUACCUGAAUCACCUGCCUAUCUCCUCUCUCAGGGAAAAUACAAUCAAGCCAAAGUAGCUCUGAGAUAUUUUAGAGGCAUUGACAACGAUGUCGACGCUGAAUAUAAGGAGUUAAAAGAACGUAUGAGAAAUAACGUCAAACAAAAAGUGACCUUCAAAGAAUUAUUUAGCACAAAAGGAACAGUCAAAGCUCUUGUUGUCUCUUUCGGACUCAUGAUUUUCCAGCAGAUGAGUGGAAUAUAUCCCGUCCUUUUUUACGCGAAGAACAUUUUCAACACAUUCACUGUAACAAUGAAUUUGCCCAGCGCUGCUAUCAUUCUUGGAUUCUGUUUAGUUUCAUCUACUUAUUUCUCUACAAUGUUAUUGAAAAAGGUCAGACGGCGUGUUCUUUUAGUUUUCUCUUUCACGCUUAUGGCUAUUAGCUUAGGUUUAUUAGCAACAUACUAUCAUUUGAAAGCUUCUCAAUUGGUAGAGAAUAACACUUGGGUUCCAUUAUUAUGUUUAUGUAUGUUCGUAAGCGUUUACGCAUCAGGUGUAGGUCCAAUUCCUUGGCUGAUGCUUCGAGAAAUAUUUCCAUCAAAUGUUAGACGAAGGGCUACGGCGAUAACUGCUGGAUUCCAUUGGUUUCUAGCAUUUGGCGUCACGAAAUUGUUUCAAAAUUUGGUGGCUAAAGUCCAACCAGGUUGGGCUUUGUGGUAUUUUGCUAUUAUUUGCUUAUUUGGUACAUUGUUUGUAUAUUUCUUUGUGCCAGAAACCAAAAACAGGACAUUAGAAGAGAUACAUAAUGAAUUCGAUGGUAUUCAUAAGAGAAGGAAGCACACACAUGUAAUAGAAGUUGAGAGUGUAUCAGAAACCUGAUUUGGAAUAUGUUGAUUGAAUUUGGGUCAAAAUUUAUUCGAAAUCAGUAUUUCAACUUUGACUUUGAUUAAGGAGAUAUUCAUAAUAAUUAUAUUUAUAAUAAAGAAAUAAAUUAUUAUUGAGAAUUGAAAAGGGUUAUAAAAGCAUUUCAAGUAGUAUCAAGUAAAAGUAAAGAAUUCCUAUGUAUAGUGUUAGGUACCUACUUAUUUGUUAUCAUAAAUUUUAUGAGUAACAUAAAAUUAAUAAGAGUUAUAAACUACGUAGAGCAUACUUUUAUAAUUGAAUAUUAAAUCAAAAGCUAUAUGGAUGAUGUUAUUUUAUGUGCAUAUGUAUUUAUUUAUAAAGCAUUUGAUAAAGACAGGGUGUAUUUUUUUUUUGGUAAGGAAGUUUAAAGCGUAUCGUUUUGGAUCUUCCAACGUUUUGGAAUUUUAAAUUAUGACUCAAUUUUCUUAAAUUAAGUUAAUUUUAUUAUGUUCAUAAAAGUAAGGUUGUAUGUUUAGGUCAUAGAGUUAGUACCUAUUUAUUUAUAUUUUUGUAAUAAAGAAUGAUUUCUAA